AUGCUGGAAGACAAAUACAUAGGGUUGGCGUUAGCCGUGACCUCAACUAUGGCGAUAGGCACAAGUUUUGUCAUCACCAAAAAGGGGUUGAUGGAUGCCGAAGAAAGACACGGCUUUGAAGGAGACGGGUUCACAUAUCUGAGGAGUCCAAUAUGGUGGGGUGGCAUAGUAUCAUUAAUUGUCGGAGAAAUCGCAAACUUCGCAGCGUAUGCGUUUGCCCCAGCGAUUUUAGUCACACCUCUCGGAGCGCUCAGUGUUUUGAUCGGAGCCGUGCUAGGGUCAUACUUUUUGAACGAGAAACUGGGUACCUUGGGAAAAUUGGGCUGCGCGAUAUGCUUGAUAGGUUCGGUCAUUAUUGUUCUUCACGCGCCCCCGGACAAGGAGAUCAAGAGGAUAGACGAGAUUCUUCAUUAUGCUAUUCAACCGGGAUUUCUUUUCUUUUGCCUCUUAGUUGCAGUCUUUGCAGUCGUUAUGAUUUACAGAGUAGCCCCGAAGUAUGGCAAGAAGAAUCCCCUUGUGUACCUGUCAAUAUGUUCAACUGUUGGCGGUGUUUCAGUCAUGUCAGUCAAGGCAUUUGGUAUUGCAGUGAAGUUGACAUUGGGGGGUGAAAAUCAAUUCAUCUAUCCCUCGACCUAUGUCUUCAUUAUCGUAACUGUAGUCUGUAUCUUGACACAGAUGAAUUAUUUCAACAAGGCGCUGAGCCAGUUCCCCACUUCUAUUGUAAACCCACUUUACUACGUUACUUUUACGACUGCAACACUUACCGCUUCCUUCAUCCUAUACGGCGGUUUCAACACUUCUGAUGCGGUCAAUACAAUCUCCCUUCUCUGCGGAUUUCUUGUCAUUUUUACAGGAGUCUACUUACUCAACAUAUCGAGAACUGACCCGGAAGGGAGAAAGAUGAUAUCCGGUACAGACGGCAUAGCGACCGACCCUCUUUCCGGCAUAUCAACAAGACGAAGUAUGCAAGCCCGACGAAGCAACGAUCCACACAGGAUGAGCCUUGGGAGCAACGGAUUUGGCCUAGGAGACAGAGAGGGACUGAUACACGCAUACGAUGAGGAAGAGGACGUAGGUUUCGGUCUCACGGAUCUAGCAGAAGACAGCGACGACGAUCCGCCACCCCCACGAGCUAUGAAUGGGAAAAUCAACGGACAUGGCAGUAAGAGGAGUUUCAGCGAGCCUUUAGAACAGGAGAGGCCGGGUAAAUCAUCCACUCGGUGA